CACUCUCUGCUCACUACUCUCUCAUCUCAUUCUCUGCUCAGUGCUCACUACUCUCUCAUCUCAUUUUCAAUAUCACCUCUUUGUUUAUAAUUUUCUCUUUCAGAGAACAAAAUAAGAUGUUCAACAAACUUCUAACGUUCUUAUUCUUAUUUGUGUUCAUAUCCAGUAUAAGAGGGAAUUCCGGUUAUGAGAAAUACAAAAUACUAAGUAUGAACAAUCAACCCUCGGUUGUUGAUUUUAACCAAUUUGCUGGUUUUAUAACUGUGGACUAUAAAAACGGAAGAUCUCUGUUUUUUUAUUUUGUUGAGGCUGAGGCUGAUCCGGCUUCCAAGCCGGUGUUUCUCUGGAUCAACAAUGCAGGACCGGGCUGUUCUUCGUAUGGAACUAUCUUUGAGAAAGGGCCUUUUAGGCCAACAAGUGAAGGUGGGUUUGUGAAAAAUCCACAUAGUUGGAACCAAGCUGCAAAUAUGUUAUAUUUGGAUGCUCCUGCUGGUUUCGGAUUUUCCUACUCCAACAACACUGCCGAUUAUUCAUUAGUACUCAAUGAUGAUUUUGCUGCAAGGGAUAACCUUGUAUUUCUUCAUCAUUGGUUUAAUGAAUUCUCUCAGUACAAAUCAAAUGAUUUGUACAUCGGUGGGGAGAAGAAUGCAGCCCGCCUUGCAGCUAAUCUGGCAGAGCUUAUUGUAAAAAACAACGAAAGCUUCAAUCGGGCGUCGUGGUGGGAAAUUUUGGAAAAUUUGUGUAUUAAUUUUAUGGAUUUGGAAUUACUAAAGUACAUCUAUGUUUAAGGAUUAAUUUUUAUGAUUAUUUCUGGAUCUGUAAUAGGUUGGAAAAUUCCGAUAAGUAUUUUUGGAUCUGUACUUGUUAUUAAAAUAUGUUUAAUUGCUUUAGGUUGGAAAAUUCUGAUAAGUAUUUCUGGAUGUUUAAACAGAAAGAAAACUUUCCUUUGCAGGAACUUCAUAGCGUUUCGAAUAACUUACCUGAUUUUCUUUUAUUUAUUCACUUGAUCAUGUACAUCUUGGGUUCUUUUUGUGACAAGUCCAACAUAAAUGAUUUAAAAAUUUGGACUUUAAAUAAUCUGGCACAGGCCUUUAAGACGCUUGCAGGAAUAAUGUCGGGAUUUCAGAAGCCGGACUUUUGGACCAGAACUCGUGGGUUUGGUCCUUGUACGUUGACACCACUAUUUUGACAGAAAUGGAGGCUGCAGAGGAACCGAAUGUGAGGAUUGCAGAAGCCGGACUUUCGGACCAGAACUCGGGGGUUUGGUCAUUGGGCGAUAAAUCCACUAUUUUGACAGAAAUGGAAGCUGCAGAGUUCGCCAGUCUGCAUUCCAUCUUGCAGCAUACAUCAGUUCGUUUGGUGGCCUUCAACUGCAGGCUUUUCGGUUAAGUGGGCCUUCGAAAGGUUAUCUAACGGGCUGGAUCUGGUCUUAAUCUUAAGUGUUGUAACGUUGGAAUCUCUGAAGCUUAUUUGGAAAUCAAAGGCGCCGUCAAAUAUUCAUGUUUUUGGAUGGAGACUGAUUCAUUAUAGACUUCAAACAAGGGAUGAAUUGAAAAAUAAUAAACAGUAGUAGAAAACUGGACUCAUACAACAGCUUAGAUGAAUUACAAGCAAAGAUUGAUAUUUUGAUUCAUGUUUCAAAGCAGCUGAUGUAUUAAUUCUCUCAGUUACUUUGAAAAACUAGAUGAGUGUUUUAGAAUUGAAGAUUUUUUCUUUGUAAUGUUUACAGUAUAAUAAUGAAUUCAUGUAUGUCGCUUAAGCUUUCAUCCCUAUCA